AUGAUAGUAAAGGCUUGUCCUCAUACAGUUUCAUGUGCUGGUAUAUUAGCCAUUGCUGCAAGAGACAUUGUCAUUCUGGUAUGGAAGAGAGAGGCGGAACAAUAUUUAGCUGACUCUGGAAUUCCAUACACCAUUAUUAGGGCUGGUGACUUGCAAGAUAAAGAAGGCGGUGUAAGAGAAGCUCUUGUUGGAAAAGAUGACGAACUCCUUAAGACUGAAACGAGAACUAUUGCCAGAGCAGAUGUUGCGGAAGUCUGCAUUCACGUAAAGUAUCUAUUUAUUCAGGUUUGUAAUUACAGAGAAAUCACAAUUCUACAUGUAAGGUUGCUUAAUCUUAGUCUUGCAUUAGAAAAUUUUCUUCACAACGCGAUCUUAUGA